AUGGAGCUGGCGCGGCGAAUCAAAUCGCCAGAGGAGGCGGCCAUGGUCAUAGAUGUUGCGCAGACAUUCGCUGCGCACAGAGCCCGCAGGCAACAGCACGACUCCAUCAGCCCGGCUCUGUCUACCUAUCUACUGAAGAAAGUGUUGGAGGCUGGGGACGUGCAGCAAGCACUUGAGGUGCUGAAGCGGUCGCCAGAGCUGCAGCUGACAUACCAGCUGACAGCCUUCAGGCAUGUCAUCAUCCGGGCUUCGCAGCAGGGCAAUCUGAGGGCAGUUGUCAGUGCGCUGGAGCUGCUGAAGGCUGCUCGCCUGCGGCCCAACCGGGACAUUGCGUUCCACGUGUUGCGCGGCUGCUUCGAGAACAACCGGCCGGACCUGGCAGUUGCCUUCUGCAGGGAGUUUGAGGCGAACGGGGUGCCGCCGCGGCCGGCAAUGAAGGAGAAGGUUGAAGCUGCUGCCGCUGAGCUGGCGGCAGCGGCAGGCCCGAGGCGAGCAGCUACGGGGAAGGCCGGUGUUCAGAAGGAGGAGUCUAGUGAAGCUGCACAAGGGCAGCCAACGGAAAUUCAGUGACUGAUGAGUGAUAAAUGAGUUAUAGGAUUCCGUGUGUGUGUCGAUGUCAUAUGAUGUUCUGGCAGCCUGCAGGGCGCCCUGCAGGCAAUCUACCUCUGGAGUGCGGAAACAUAACAAUUGUAAAAAUCUGAAAACUGC